AUGUUAUCAAGUCCUUCAUCUAUUCUCGAUGAUUUUGAUGAAAAUUCAAAUGCUAAACAUUUAUAUUCAUCAUCAUUAACUAAUGAACAAUCAGAAGCAACAUCAACAAGUAAUUGUCGAACAACAGUUGAAUAUGAUCCAAGAUUAGCAUUAUUAAUUGAAAAAGAACUUGGUCUAAAUGAUCCACAAACAUCAAGAAAAAAUGCUUGGGGAAAUUUAUCUUAUGCUGAAUUAAUUGCUAAAGCCAUUGAAAAUAGUCAAAAUAAACGAUUAACACUUUCUCAAAUUUAUUCAUGGAUGAUACAAUAUGUUCCUUAUUUUAGAGAUAAAGGAGAUAGAAAAAGUAGUACUGGAUGGAAGAAUUCUAUACGUCAUAAUCUAUCAUUGCAUAAUCGUUUUGUUCGUAUUCCAAAUGAAAUUGCAGGUAAAUCAAGUUGGUGGACAAUUGAUCCUCGAGCAAAACAAGUUCGUGGUCGAAGACGAGUUCAAUCAAAUGAAAAUUCGACAAAAACUGAAAGACGUCGUUUAACAAAAACAGUAUCAAAUGACAAUUCAAAUCCAACAUCAUUUGAUUAUUUAUUUUCAAAUGAACAAAUACCUUCAUCAUCAAAUGAUAUUUAUUCAUCAUCAUCAUCAACAGCAAAUCAAAGAUCAUUUACAUCUGUUAGAGAUAUGAAUAAAAAUUUAUAUAAUCUUUUACAAAAUAAUUCUCAAGAUCAAUCAUAUACAUCAACACAACAAAUGCCAAAUAUUUUACAUGAUAUGUUAAAAUCAUCUCCUCCUUCGACAUCAAAUAAUAAUGACAAUAAUUUUAAUUCAGGUAUUGAUAGUACAUAUUCAUCAUUAUCAAAAUCUCCUUCAGUUAGUUCACAAUCUCCAUCACCAUCUCAUAGUGAUUAUGAAAUUGAUCAAAUGAUAUCAUCAAAAUUAAGUAAACAAUUAAAAACAAUGGAUCGUUCAAGUCCAUUAUUUCGUCGAAUGGUCGUUGCGAUAAUGCGUCAUCAGAUGAACAAAUCAAAAUCAAAUAAUGAAAGACGAAAAAUUCUUUCAACACCACCAUCAAUUCCAUCACCAUCACCAUCACCAUCAACAAAUUUAUUAUUUAAUCAAAUACCACCACCAUCAAUGGAUUUACAAAUACCUAAUAAUACACAAGAACCAAUUCCAAGUUCAACAUUUGAUUUAGAUGUUGAAGCAAUACUUGAUUUUGAACGAACGACAUUUGGAGAUUGUUCUUUCGAUAUACAUGACUUGCCCAAUUUGUGA